UACUACUCCGCGGCAGUUAACAGCCAUUGGAUUCAGUUUUUCCUGGCUUCGCGUGCUCGUCGGUUGUCAUCCAUAAAUAACAAACGCAAAACAGCAAAGAAAAAAAAUCCAUCGAAAUAACGCAUUACUGCAUUUGUUUAUGUAACUAAAGAAUUUACCAAAAGAAACGUCAAAAAUUAAUGAAAUACCAGUCGAUUAUAAAUUCAAAGCUAAAACGUUUUCGUGUCAACUUCUCACACGCACAUCAAACAGCAGCUCAAUCAACCAGCAAAUAUGAAAUUCUUAGUCACCAUCGCCGCCCUCUGCCUCUUCGUGGCCUUCGCCGCGGGUCAGCAAUACUUUCUGGGCCAGUUCCCCAGCCGGGCUCGCUUUGGAUUCGAUCCCGUGGCGCUGGCAGGACCCUCAUCCGCCACUCAGGUCCGGGAUCCCCGACAGAACAGAGGACCCGUGGUGUUCCCCCCAUCCCCGCCAGAUGCAGUGGACGAGUCCAGCGGCGUGGUCGUAGGCGCCUCCGGAUACGGUUUUGUGCCGCCCCAGCAAACAGCGGCACUUGUGGCGGCGGCGGCGGCGGGAGAUCCGAAUACGUUCUUUAGCACCACAUUCCAGACCCCCGACACCGCCUAUGCGACAUACAACUUCUUCGGAAGUCCGUACACCACGCGGUUUAGAUACUUCUGAGCCCGACGGAGGAGCUGUGGCCAAAGUCGAACCCCGAGUCAUGUUGAGUGGUCAGUGGCGCAGGCACUGAUUGCUGC